AUAAGCAGGCACACCGUUACGGGAAUAUGACACUUGUCAGAGUCUUGCUCAGCUUUGGCCGUUGUCCCCACCUUGUCCAGACCGGAUCCGAGUGUCAGACUUGGAACCCAAUUGGCAGAGGAUCGUCCUUCAUUGUCACAUUUUAAGGGUACCCUUCUCGGCUUGGGCAAGGCGUUGCAAAGGACCUCUGUAGGUUGGCAAUUGCAGCGAGGGAAGGACGCACUUUGGUGGCGGAAGUGGCAGGAAGUGCAAGACCGGAGACGGGUGGAAUAAUGAGAGCGCUGGCCGCAGCAUCAAAAAUGGCUGCUUGCUGACCCGGGACGCCUGCGCAGGGGGCAAGGGCAUGUGGCGGGUAUGGGACGGCCUCUAGUCGUAGAGAAAGCAAGCCAAGAGGGUUGCCACCUGAGUCAUUGCUACACUGCAAAGGUGUGCUCAAUAGACUCGGCUAGGUAGAGCAAGGUUCCAUUCUGUGAGCCAGACGAAGCAGAUUGCACGAGACUAUGGAUGAUAAUAGCGUCGAUGACAUCAUCAACCGAUUGCUUGAUGUGAGAACAGGGCGCCCUGGCAAGCAAGUGCAGCUCUCGGAGGCGGAGAUUCGCAGCCUGUGUAUGACCUCACGGGAGAUCUUCCUGCAGCAGCCGGUGCUCCUGGAGCUGGAGGCGCCAAUCAAGAUAUGCGGGGAUAUCCAUGGGCAGUACUCGGAUCUGCUGCGGCUGUUUGAGUAUGGGGGCUUCCCACCUGAGGCCAACUAUCUUUUCUUGGGAGACUACGUGGACCGCGGCAAGCAGAGCCUAGAAACCAUCUGCCUGCUGCUGGCAUACAAGAUCAAGUACCCGGAAAACUUCUUUCUGCUGCGCGGCAACCACGAGUGCGCGAGCAUCAACCGGAUAUACGGCUUCUACGACGAGUGCAAGCGGCGCUACAACAUCCGGCUCUGGAAGGUCUUCACCGACUGCUUCAACUGCCUCCCCGUGGCUGCACUGAUCGACGAGAAGAUUCUGUGCAUGCACGGCGGCCUCUCCCCCGAGCUGCGCAGCCUGGACCAGAUCAAGAAGAUUGCGCGCCCCACCGACGUCCCCGACGCGGGCCUGCUGUGCGACCUGCUGUGGGCGGACCCCGACAAGGAGGUGCAGGGAUGGGGGGACAACGACCGGGGCGUGUCCUACACCUUUGGCAGCGACACCGUGCAGGAGUUCCUGCAGAAGCAGGACCUCGACCUCAUCUGCCGAGCGCACCAGGUGGUGGAGGACGGGUAUGAGUUCUUUGCCAAGCGGCAGCUGGUGACCAUCUUCUCCGCGCCCAACUACUGCGGCGAGUUUGACAACGCGGGGGCCAUGAUGAGCGUGGACGAGACCCUCAUGUGCUCCUUCCAGAUCCUCAAGCCGGCGGAGAAGAAGGGCAAGUUCGGAGGUGCAUCCGCGUACGGAGGGGGACGGCCAGGGACACCACCUCGAAAAGCAAUUUGACAGGUGCGCGACAUUCUCGGAGCAGCCAGCGGGCAGUGUGUUAGCAGCGAUCAGGCAACGGCCGACUGCGCCAGUGCCUCAUUAUCGAAAGCCACGGGGCCAGACUCUGGUGGAGGCCGCCGGAGGGUUCGACCUACAACCCUUCUCCUGUAAAAAUGUUCUCAAGGGUCUCACCCUUGUGUUGGUUGGACGAGUUAAGCACCAUAUGGUGCGCUUCAGUCGACUCGUGUCCUUUUGAAGAGGUGUAGGGCGGAUAUUUGAAUCAUCUUGGACAAAAAGGUUUCUAUAUGUGACGAUCACAACUAGGUUAAAGAGAGUGUUUGCAAGUUGUUGUCGCCAUUAUACAUAUGUCGGUCCACAUAUAAUUUGUCAACAUCUUUUACAAUAGUUGGUAAGUGGCUUCUGCUUUGAUGCGUGCUGCGUGUGCCCCUUUCAUGGUUAGCAAAAGUCACAAAGCUAAACUCGCUUAC